AGACCAUGACCAAGAAAAGGAGGAAUGGUGGUAGAAAUAAGCACGGACGUGGACACACUGCCAUCAUCCGCUGCUCCAACUGCGCCCGCUGCGUUCCUAAGGACAAGGCCGUGAAGCGCUUCCAGGUUCGCAACAUGGUCGAGGCCGGUUGCCAGCGAGACAUGAGGGAUGCAAGCGUUUUCGACAGCUACACCUUGCCUAAGCUGUACAUGAAGCUUCAGUACUGCGUCUCCUGCGCUAUCCACUCACGUGUUGUCCGUGUCCGAUCUCGCACUGCCCGCAAGAUCAGAGAUCCUCCUCCAAGGUUUAGGGGUCCUCGUCCCGGCGACAAGGCCACCGCAGCUAAAAAGUAAAAUUCUUUCGAAACAAGUUUGCAAAAAGUUCAAAAGAUUAAACAUUUUGAAUGCAA